AUGGAUUCUACGUCUGUCUUACCAACAUUUUUAGAUGUGGAUUUGACAAUAUUACAUAUUGAAUGUCUUCCCAAGGAUAUCCUGGUGAAAUUUCAAGGCAGAAAUAAUAGUGAAUGUGAGUUUGACUACCACAUAUUGCAGAGGGAAAUACAACAUAUUCCAAAAGUGAAAAAUAAUGUGGACAUUGAUGAACUUUGUUUGGUUGAAGAAAGAGUUUCUGGAGAAUGGCAAAGAGGAAGAGUUGUGGAAAAGAAAAAUGAACUCUAUACAGUGCUUCUUAUAGAUCGUGGAGAGGAACUAAGGGUUGAUAGUACGCAAGUUGCUUCAGCAUGUGGCAAUUUAUUUGAGCUACCGCCACGGGUAGUAUUUGGUAUUUUCGCCAACAUACUACCAAUUGGCCAAAAAUGGUCUCCUAAGGCUUUGAAUUAUUUUAAGUCAUUAGUAGGAAUACAUGUGAAAGGUUAUGUACAAGCUAUUUUACCUCUGCAAGUGAUUCUUCUUGAAGUACCAAAAGUGAUAUCCCAGGCUCUUGAGUUACAAUUAGGAAGAUUUAUUGAUGGAGAUUCAUUUCAUCUUAUUGUGGAAAUGUUAAAAGAAUUCCCUCAACGAAUGCCAGAUUUAUUACAACAUAAAAGACCUGAAUUGUCAUUAAGGAAUAAUGAUACUUCACUUGAUAUUCAACAUGUUCUGGAUAAUUUGCAGCCAUCUUUGUCAGUAGGAAGUACUGAAAGUAUAAAGGUAUCAUCUGCACUGAGCCCAAGUAAAUUUUAUUGUCAAUUAAUUAAAUGGAUUCCAGAGCUAGAAAACUUGACAGUAUGUAUGACUUUGCAUUACAAUAUUAUCAGUCAAGAAACUAGUCCCACGUGUGAUAAUUUUGGACUACUUUGUGUUGCCAAAAGGAUAAAUGGACAGUGGCAUAGAGGAAUUCUUCAGCAGCUCUUGCCCAAUAAUCAAGUGAAAAUUUGGUUUAUGGAUUAUGGAAGUAGUGAGGCUAUACCUUCAAUUCAUGUAAAGAAACUUAAACAAGAUUUUAUUUUAGUACCAUUAUUUUCAUUUCCAUGUUCUCUUACACAUUUGCACAGUCCAGAUAAAGAUGCAAGAAAGUAUCAGCUGAGUGUAUUUAAACAAGCCUUGUUAGGACAAACAGUAUAUGCACACAUUGAUGAGUUCAAUAAGGACGAGCAUUUGUAUUAUGUGACAUUACAAAGUCAAGAGUCUACAAUUAAUUCCAAGUGUCUACUGAAGACUGUAGGCACACAAAUACUUUGUUCAGUGUCUGAUUCAGAACUCACCAAUAUCUCUAGUAGGACUGGUGCUUCUGAUGUGAACACUUCUGCAGUUAAGAGUUUUAUUGGAAACAUUGAAUGGUCAGUAGACUCGCUAAAUAAAAAUAAUGUUUUCAAAGUCGGAUUUCCUAUUAAAACUGUAGAAAUGGAGACAGAGGCUGCCUAUGUAGCUUUUGUAGUUUAUGUAUUAAACCCAUCAAAUUUCUGGGUACGCAUUAAUGACCAUCAGAAUGAAUUUCAAGAUCUACUGACAAAUAUAAACAAAUUUUAUGAUUUAUGUGAAAAUGAUGAAAUGAUUCUAAGAAAACCUGAACCUGGAUUAUUUUGUUGUGCUAGAUAUAGCAAGGAUGGACGUUUUUACAGAGGUGUCAUCACUGAAAUUAAUGGUCAUAAGAUUAAUGUUUAUUUUUUGGAUUAUGGGAACACUGAUUCCAUACCAUUUUUCGAUGUAAAAAUUUUGCUUCCAGAAUUUUGUGAAUUGCCUGCCUUAGCUAUGUGCUGUUCACUUGCACAUGCAUUUCCUAUUGAAGAUUUAUGGGUGAAGGCUGCAAUUGAUUAUUUUAAAAAAAUAGUUUUGAACAAAGCAAUUUUACUUCAAGUUAUGGCAAAAAGAGAUGACAAGUACAUUGUAAAUAUUCAAAGUAUUGAAGCCUCAGAAAAUAUUGAUGUUGUCUCUCUUAUGUUACAAGCUGGCUAUGCAGAGUAUUGGGAAGUAGAACCAGAAUGUUUAAAAAAAUCUGUAAAUGGAUAUUCAAUGUUAAAUUUGAAAUCUAAAAACAAGGUUAAUAUUAAAAAUGUCAUCUCUGCCCUUCUUGAAGGACCUAAAUCUAAAAAGAACCAUUCAAAUAAGGAAGAGGAAAAUAACUUAUCUUUGUCAAAAUCCUCAGCUAUUAAUUUAUUAGAUUUAACAGAUCCUUUUACCUCUGUGGGGAAUGCUUCAUCAUGGUCUUAUAAAGAAUAUAUCUUUAAACCAGGAACAGUUCUUGAUGUUAAAUGUUCUUCUUAUUAUGGCCCAUGUGACUUUUCAUGCCAGCUCCGAUGUAAAUUAGAAGACCUAAAAUUGCUGAUGGAACAAAUUCAGAGUUAUUAUAGCAUUAAUUCUGAUCCUUAUCAGAUUGGCCAGAUUGCUUGUGUUGCUAAGUAUUCCAAAGAUGGGAAGUGGUAUAGAGCUGCUGUUCUGACUCACAUAUCUAAAAAAGAAGUUGACAUAGUAUUUGUUGACUAUGGUUACCAGGAAAGAGUUUUGAUUAAAGAUCUUUGUGGUAUUAAUCCACAUUUUCUUUCUUUAGAAGGUCAAGCGUUCAGGUGUUGUCUUGACCAUUUAGUUGAACCCACUAGUUGUAAAUUAUUGAACUGGACGAGAGAAGCAUCUAGAGACUUUGGGAAAUUUCUCUCUUCAUCUGGAGGGCUAUUGACUUGUAUUAUCCAUGCCUUAGUUCUUAUAGAUCCUAACUGUUUAUGUAAUUUGGUGGAUUUACAAUCUUCAUUUACCAGUGCAAAAGAAUUUCUUAUUAAUUGUGGCUCUGCUCAGUAUACCACAUUAUCAAAGCCACUUCCAUCUUCAGUUAGUCUUUAUAGUUACUAUUAUUCUUCAUUUAAUAUAAACAUUGGAAGUGAAGAAGAAGUAUAUAUCUCUCACAUAUAUAGCCCCAAAAAGUUUUAUUGCCAGCUUGGUAGAAAUAAUAAAGACCUAGAGAUGAUAGAAAAAAAAAUCACAGAGAUUAUUAAUAUUAAAAGUUGCCCAAAAUAUGAUUCUAAGAAAAUGAGAUUGUGCAUAUCUAAGUACAUGGAGGAUGGCCUCUCAUAUAGAGGUUUGGCAAUGCCAACAGGUUCAUCAUCUGACUUUCUGGUCUAUUUUGUGGACUUUGGAAAUAAGCAAUUAGUAGAAGAAAACAUGUUGUGGGCCAUUUCUGAUCAGUGUCUAGAGUUGCUGUUUACACCUGUGCAAGCAAUUAAGUGUUUUUUGUCAGAUAUUAGAGAUGUAGAUAUUCCAGCAGAGAUCAAUAGCUGGUUUGAAGACAGUUUUUUGGGAAAACCAUUAAAGGCAGUAAUAUUGUCCAGGGAGGAAGAUGGUCAGCUAGGUAUGGAAUUGUAUGAUGGAAAUCAACAUAUAAAUCAGAAAAUUAAAAUGUUACUUCAUGCUUACAGAGACAAACAUUGUGACCAAGCACACUGUUUAGAAGAGAACCAUAAAAUACGUGAGAGUAAGAGACUCACUGCUGCUUUGAAAGGCAAAAUGGAAAACGACUAUCACAAUAAUAUGGUAAAUAAAUCCAGUCUGGUAACAUAUUCUGAAAGCAAAAUAGAUCAAUUAAUGCAUCCCCAAAGUCUUUCGAAACCAUCAUUUUGUUAUAAAAUUGAACCUGUGCCAAAAAACAAAGCGAAGAAGUCUUUGAAUGAUGGACUUAAAAGUGUAAAAAUCGUCCCUCGGUAUGCACAUAUUCUUGACGAAACUGGCGUGGCCCAAAAAUCAGUAAAAGUUGUAUCACAAUCUUUUAUCAGAGAGUUAAAUCAAGCAGCCUCACAAAGCCCUAAUAGACCACAAAUCAAAGACCUUCCUCAACCCAAAAUUUUCUUGAAUACCAAAAUUAAAGGGUAUGUUUCUGAUAUUAGCAACCCAGCAAGUUUCCAUAUUCAGCUUGCUGAGAAUGAAAAUGUAAUCGUCAGACUUGCAGAUGCCUUAAAUGAAAGAAGAGGAAGUAGAGUGAAAGAGAGAAAAUCAGCUGAACUUCUGGUUGGGGAUCUUGUGGUUGCGGAAUACUCUGUUGACAGCGCCAUUUACAGAGCAGUUAUUAAGAAAAUUUUGCCAGAAAAUUCUUUUGAAGUGGAAUUUAUUGACUAUGGUAACACUGCAAUUGUAAACACAUCGAAAAUGUAUGAACUUAACAGGGAAUUUGUAACCAUACCUCAGCUGGGAAUCCAUUCUUUUCUUAGUGGGGUAAAAUGGAAUGAGCCUGAUGAAAUAUGGGACAGCAAAAUGGUCGAUUUUUUUGCUUCAAGAGUAAGUAACAAAACAAUUUUUUGUGAAUUUUUGAAAAAGCAUGAGCAGAAAUGGGAAGUGAAUAUAAUUUGUGAUGAAAAAUAUGUCAUUAAUGAACUACUAAAAUGGACAGCAUGUUCCAAACCAGAGAAGAUAGCAUUGCAAAUACCUCAGAUUGUCUCUCAAAAGGUUAGCACUGAAAUAAAGAAAGGAAGAUCAAAUGAAUGUGAAGGGUCUGUGAUCCUUCAACAAUCCUACCAACUAGUUAAGAUUCCUUGUGAAGAGUUAAAACCUGGACAGCUUGAAAAAGCUGAAAUACUUCAUGUUUCACAAAAUGGAAGAUUUUAUGUUAAGUUAUCCAGAAACAAAAAAGUUUUAUCAGAUUUAACAUUAUUAAUUGCCAAAGAAGAAAAAAACUCUUCUCUUUUAUCAGUGGAAAAUAUUGAAAAAGGUUUAGAAUGCUUGGCAAAGUCCAAAAAAACUUUGAAGUGGUAUCGAUCAAAAGUAGAAAAAAAGUACAGUGAUCAGCGAGUGCUCGUCUUUUUGGUAGAUCGUGGUAGAUAUGAAAUAGUGCCUUUACGUAAUACCAAGGAGCUUAGUAAAGAAAUCAGAAAUAUUCCAAGACAAGCUGUGUCUUGUAAGUGGAUUUGGUUUGAAAAUUCUAGGAACGUGUCAUUUGAGUCCAUUGUGUGUUCAUUCACUCAUUUGGAAAUAAACAUCCUUUUUCUGAAGUAUAUAGAUUCUGUUUGGGAAGUAGAAAUUUUAGUAGAUAACCUGUUACUUUUGGAAUAUUUAAAUUUGAAUACAGUUCUUGUUGAAGAGAACAAUCGUAGCUCUUUAGGAAUCGCUUUCAAUGUUGAAUCUAAGAUUCCUGUGUCAUCAUGCUUAAUUCGAUCAUUUACUUGGGCACAGCUCCAAAGUGGUAGACUUUAUUCUGGUAUUGCCACUGCUAUUUCUGAUCCAUCAGACUUCUGGGUUCAGUUAGAAGAUUUCUUUGAUACAAUGAAGUAUCUCUUUAUUCUGCUUUCUGAUCUCCCAGAAACUUUACAGACUUUACCUCAAGAACUCAUAAUUCCUGGGUCUAGUUGUUUGUUCAAAUAUGAAUUGGAAGAUCAAUGGAAUAGAGUAGAAAUUUGUGAAGUCUCUGAUCAGUCUUUACUUCUCAUAUUGAUUGACUAUGGAUUUUCUUUGUAUAUACCUUAUUCAGAUAUAAUACAUCUUAAAGUUGUUCCUGAGGAACUUAUGAAUUUGCCAAGGCUAAGUUAUCCAUGUAUCUUACAUGGUAUCCUACCUGCUGAAGGGAAAUAUUGGAGUGAGGAAGCCAAGAGCUUUUUAAAAGAUUUCCUAAGUAAACCAGGUUUAGUUUUUCUGUUCAGGGAGUAUAAUUUUGAAACAAAACUAAAAGUAGAUGUCACUCAUGAGAAAAACAAUUUGGCAGAUGUAUUAGUUGCAUCAGGUCUUGCAAUGUAUUCUAAAGAUUCAGCUAAUUUUGUUGAAAUUGUGGCCACGGGACCUGUUAAAACCCAGGGUAAAUUACAGAGUAAGCCUAUUUGCCCAUCAUCAGAUCAAAAUUGUUAUAAAGAAGAAAAUAUAAAUUACACAUGCACUGAGAAACAAAAGCCAAAAAAGCAGCAAUUUAUAAAGAGGAAAGAUUUCUGUAAGAACCUCUUAAAAAAAAUCCGUAUUAGUAAAAGAUUACAUUCUGGAAAUUUAACACUGAGAAAGAAAGUUGGUGGCAGACAGCAAAAUCCCCAAGGUGUCAUUACAUUUGAUGCGUGUGCAGUGGCUUCAUUUUGGGAACUGCCUGAUGAUUUAAAGAAUAACAUCAAUUGUGUUGAAAAUAUUUUUGAAAAACUACCCACUGACGGAAGACAGGAACAUAAUAAUACAAUGGACUUGAGAAUAACAGUAAAAGAGUUGCAUGUUACUGAAAAAAUUCUAUCAGAAGAACACUUUAAAGGUCUUCAAAUCAAAAGGAAAUGUACUUGAGGAACCUCUUCUGGGGAGCCUGAUUUGCACCUGAUUUAGAUGAUGAGAUCCAAGACUUUGUCCUGCUGUCAUAAUGGAAUGCGAGUUUGGAGGUCUUUGGCAUGGGUGUAGUGUAUUCUGCAUAUGGGAAGGAACUGCGUUGUGGCAAGAGAGAAUAUAGUGUUAGAUUGUAUUUUCUGAUGAUUAUCACAAUAUUAUUUUCCAUUUAACAUGUUCUUAUCCAAUGUGAUCUUUCCAUUCCUUACCAAGAGGUAGGAGUAUAAUUGCCCUUCCCUUACAUAUGGAAGGCUUGAGAUUGCUUUGACCAAUAGAAUAGAGUAGCAGUGAUGUCAUCUGACCUUGGAAGGCUGGGCCAUUAUUAUCUGAAAUGCUUGCAUUUGGACCAUCUUUUGAGAAAUAUCACUACCUGAUACAACCAGACUGUGAGAAGCCAUGUAGGGAGAUAUAUAAGGACUCCUGUUGACAGUUCUAGGCCCUAACCAGUCAAGUUGUCCUUAUUGGGCCAUGACAUUAUGUAGGGACAAGAUGCCUCCAUCAUGCCCUGUCUGAAUCCCCAUGCUACAGGAUCCUUAACUUUAAUAAAAUAGUUGUUUUAAACUCCGAGCUUUGAGGUAGUAACUGGAACAAGUAGGUAACUUAAAAUCACAUUGUAAAAUUCAUUAGAUCUGUUUGUAUACUAAGGGUUAUGGGUCUUGCUAGUGAGUAAAGUAUGAGUUUUAGUGAAAAGUUGGUGACACAAAAUUUAGCUGCUUAGUGGCUUGCUUGCUUAGUUAUUUCGUGUGGAACUGCUAAGUCGUGUGGCUAUAUCUGAGUUCUAGAUAGUUGAUGUGCCAUUGUAAAUUACUUUUCCUUGCUUUAUUUGUAACCUUCCAUUUAAUUUGCAUUUUGUUCUACUUGAUUAAAAACUCAAAAAAUAUGAUUAUUUCAUUUGAUUUUAUAUUCUGUACACAAUAGAUGGACAACAAAUGCAUAUUGGUUGAUUAUAAAAUUUGUCAUCUUUUCAAAGGGCAUAUUUCAUAAGUUAAAAAAUAACGUGAAAAUGUUACAGGCAUCUUAGUAUAUAGGGAUGAGGUAUUCCCUAUUUACUAAGGCAUUAGUUAGCCAAUAUUAACUUCUUUAUUAAUAAGAUUUAUAGUUUGAGCUUUAAGAAACUUCUUCUUCUGGUAAUCUAGCCUUCUAAUUUGGAUAUUAUAAAUGUCAAAUAUACCAUGAAGUAAAGAUGUAGAUAAGGGAGCAAAUUUUCCCAGCAGUUAUGAAAAUAUUUUGGGGGGGUUUACUGACAUCUAGUGGUACACAGUUCUAUAUGUUUAAAUUUCUUGCUUUCUUUCUUUGACUUAUUUUUAAAAGCUUUUGAGGACAAAGAGUUUGGGUCUCUAAAGUGAGGAUAGCCUUUUGUUGAGGAUGCAUCAUAUACAUACACCUUAUGUCAGUUAACGUGUGUGAAUAAACAUGAUCAUGCUAUUCAUUCUUAAGUAUAGUUUUUUCCUGCACUGCUUCUUUUCCUUUAUUUGGGUCCCUUUUCUUCCUUCUUUCUCCAUUUAUAUAAUUCCUCCAUCCUUGCCCUUAGGUAGGUUUUAAUAACAACCUAAAUUUUCUCCAUGUGCAUAUAAUUUAGUGCAUGAAUGAUCUUCUAUAAACAUGCAAAUACAGUGUACAUGUUUUGUUAUGACUUAGAAAAGUAAGAGCAUACAUGAUUCUCUGCAUUUUGCUUUCUCUAUAGCAUACUUCUUAGAAAUAUUUCUAAGAUAAGUAAAGUGGUUCUAUUUAUUUUACACGUAUACUACUAAUAAAUGCACGUAUACUACUUAAAGUUGUGAUUGUAUUUCAAUUUUGUUUUUAGCAACUUCUCUUUUGAUAACCAUUCUUUUCAGCUUUUUGCCACCUUAAAGAUAGCUAUAAAUACAUAUUCAUCCAUAUCUAUUUUUACAAAAGACAGCUUUUUAUCAGUGGGAUUGCUGGGUAAAAGUGAAUUUUUAAUUUUAAUAGAUGUCACCACAUUGCUUUCCAAAACAGCUGAAAUGUCUAUGAGCAAUGUAUGAGGUGACUUUCUCCCUGUGUUUUCUCUACUAAUCCCAUUAGUAGAUUUUAUAACAUUUUAAACAUUUUUGCAUGUGUGAGAGGUAUAAAAUGAUUUAUUAUUUUGGGCUUUUUGAUUACUAGUGAAUUUGAACACUUUUUACAGGUUUGUUUACUCUGAAUUUAUUCUUUUAUGAAUUUUCUAAUUUUAACUUUUGUACUCUUUAUAUUUUUAGAUACCUCUUUGUUUCUCAUCCAGUUUACCAGAUAUUUUUAUGGCAGAAGAUCAUAGCAGGGCUUUCACUUUUCAUGUAGUUAAUCGUGUCUAUCUGUUGUUUUUGUGACUUUGGUUUUCAGAUAUGAUGAGGAAAGUCUCCCUCUCAGAUAGAUUAUAUUCUUCCAGCAUUCUCUUGCCCUUUCGCUUAGCUUUGCAGUUUUUAUUUGAGUUUUUAGUUUGAGUUUUGCAUUAAAGUCUUAAUUCAUCUAGGAUUCAAUUAUUUUAUUAAAGUUGUCAAGUGGAAAGAAGACAUAUACACAGUAAAGUACAGUAUUAAAGAGUUAUCACAUAGUGAAAACACUCAAUAUUGUUACCAGUCACUCAGAACUGUUUUUGCCCCUUCAAAUUACUAAGCCUGUAACCCCCAAACUAACCACUAUUCGUACCUAUGAUAAUCUCCUCCUGGCUGCUUUUUACAUUUGUGCUUCCUAAACUGAAUCCUUAAACACUAUAAUUCAGUUUAUUAUUCACCUUGAUGUAAAAAAUUUAUGUAGUAUCUGUUUUUUAGGAUUGAUACUUUUGGAUUUGUUUGUAAAUUUUGUCCACAUUUCAGUGUGCAGCAGAUUGUUCUCUAGCUGCAUGGUAUUCCACCACGGGAAUAUGUGACUCCUUAUCUAGCCACUGUGUCCAGCUUAUGGGUGUAUGGACUGAUGCUGUUAUGACCCUGUGCUGGCCCUUCCUUUCCUUUGCAGUUUCUCAGGUUUGAGAUUGACAAAUUUUAUUACCUUGGCUGGGUCUGGGUUUGAACCCGCCACCUCCGGCAUAUGGAGCUGGUAUCCUACUCCUUUGAUCCAUAGGCACUUCCCUGUAUGUAUAUAUUUUUAAAAAUUGUUUCUUGCUAAUCUUAUAAAAUGAAUUCCUACUUUAUAUAUUAUUCUGGCUUGUUUGGUCAUAAGGACGUUUUUGAGGUUCUGUCACUUUGAUGCAUAUAUAGUUGACUCAUGCUUUUCUAGAUUUGUUGGUAUGAGCUAUGAUCCAGGUCAACCUGGAAUGCUGUUGUCAUUUUUAAUUUUUUUUAACUGUGGUAUAAAUGAAGGGUACAAUUUUUAUUUUUUUUUUUGCAAAUUGAUGGCAAAUUUUGCCAAGACCAUUUAUUAAAUAUUCUAUCCUUUUCCACAGAUUCACCUACAAUCGUGUCUGUAUUGUCUUAUAUAUUCUAGGAUCUAUGUUUUCCACAGGAAUCUUAAGAUCAUUUUUCUUAUCCACAGUAAGAAAAAAUUAUAUGGUGUUUUAAUAAAGAUUAUAUCAUACUUUGAAUAUUUAUCUUAUUCUGGAGAACUGAAUUUUUUGAUAUUGGGUUAUCUCUUUCAUGAAUCUAGACGCUCUUUAGAUUUUUUUUUUUUUUUUUUUAAGCAGGAAGGUUGGUUCAAAGCAAGCUAGACUGCUACAUUUUUUGUUUUAUCUGGUACUGAAUUAUGACUUUAAAUAAGAUUUCAACAUAUUAUUUGAGUCCUAACCUUUCUAGAUAAACUGUUGAAGCAGAAUCUUUUUCUUAUUUCUAUUUGCAGAUUUUUUUCUGAAUUAAAGAGAAUCUACUUUUUAAAGUAUAUUUUGUAUUUUAUCAUUGUAUCAAAUUACUUUAUUUCUCAUUUUUGAUAUCUUGGUUAUAAACUGUCAUCAAUGAAAUAAAGAUGUAUAGCAUAUUCUUAACAUUUGCUUCCGUAUUUUGUAGCGUGUGUUAAAAUUUCCAAGAAAAUGGUGGAUAACGUUAAUUGUGAAUACUACUCUAGUUAUUGAAUCAAAUAGGAAAGAAUUUAGUUUUAACAUACAGGAUAUUUGCUGUUUUUAUUUAUUUUCAACUAGUUUCCUUCUGAUUUUACUCAUAUUUUUUGUUAUGAAGAGCUACCAGAUAGCAUUAAACAUCUUUUCAGUAUUUAUUAAUGAAGUCAUGGCAUACUACUUUUUUUCAUUUGUUGAGAUAAUCGUUAAUGUUUAUAGAUUUUCUGAAUUGGAAUAAUUCUUACCAUUCUGGAGUAAAUUCUACUUGGUUAGAUUAGAUAAAACUAUGAUCCCACAUAAUCCAGUCUUUUAGUAAACUGUUAAAUAAAACAGACACAUAAGAAUUUUAUAACAUUUACAUCCUUUAAAUAACUAAUACCCAAUACAAUGAAUGUCACCCGUGUGGCCAAAGAAUAGAAAGUUGUAUCACAGAAAGUUCCUAGGUGAAUUUACUUCCAAAUCAUAACCAGUAUUCUGAAUUUUGGGAUUAUUCAUUCUUUAAUGUUUGAUUUUUACCACUCAUGUUUGCAUCUUUAAUACAUUUUAAAAAUUUGUCUUGUUAACCUUAUAAAAUGGAAUUCUUUGUGUAUUUUUCUUUCUUGUUUGGUCAUUAGUGAAGUUUUGAGUCUCAUACACUUUGAUGCAUGUAGUUAUGGCUCAUUAAUUUUCAUUGCUUUAUGAUACCUUACUAUAUGAAUAUGCUACAGUUUAUCCAUUCUGUUUGAUGGGCAUGUGUGUUGUUUCUAGUCUUGGUAUUCUACAAAUAACAGCACCAUAAAACACAUUUGUAUAUGUCUUUAGUGCAUAUGUAUGAGGGUGUAUUUCUAGAACUAGAGCUGUGAAUUCAUAGGAUUUGGAAAAAAAUUUAUUAGUUACUCAGACUACAUUGUAGAAUUUUUGGAAUUAUAAUCACACCAACAUUUUGUGAAAAUUGCCAUUUCUCCAUAUUCUUACCAUUUUUAAAGUUGUUUGACAUUUAAAUAUUUACUAAUUUGACUGUGAAAUGAAUCUCAUGUUUUUUUAACCUUGUUUAUUUCCAAAUAAUUUUAAAAUUAUAGAUACAUUACAAGAAUAAAAUGAUUUCUCUUGACUAUUCACCCAGAGUCCCUGGUCAAUCAUG